CUUCCAUGAACAAAGCCAGCAAAGGCGGUCUCCUCUGCCACGACACUACCCACUAGCUGCCACGUGUACACCGAGCUUCGUGGCACCAAAAUAUCCUCCAUUUUCCUUCCUUUCUUUCUUUCUUUCUUCCCCGCUUCUUAAACCCUCUCUUCAAUGCGCGUUAACCUGCUUCCUCUAUAUUCUAUCUCUCUAUCUUCUUCUUCUUCUUCUCUCAAUUUCCACCGCAAAAUCACUCUGAAUUUGAUCAAAUUUUAUAGACAAGAGGAACAAUUUUGGAGAUAAGCAAGGGAUUUUGAAGAGGAUGAAGAUUCAGUGUAACGUGUGUGAAGGUGCGGAGGCGAAGGUUCUGUGCUGUGCUGAUGAGGCAGCGCUGUGUUGGGAUUGUGAUGAGAAGGUUCAUGCUGCUAAUAAACUCGCUAGCAAGCACCAGAGAGUUCCUCUUUCUCUCUCUUCCUCUCAUAUGCCUAAAUGUGAUAUUUGCCAGGAAGCAUUUGGCUAUUUUUUCUGUCUAGAGGAUCGAGCUCUACUUUGCAGAAAAUGUGAUUUGUCGAUACACACUGCAAAUGCAUAUGUCUCUGGUCAUCAAAGAUUUCUACUCACUGGUGUAAGAGUAGGCCUUGAAGCUACAGAACCUGGGGCUUCCUCAACUUCUUUGAAGUCAGAUUCGGGAGAGAAAAAUUCUGAUACGAAGUCUUCUUCUGUCUCCAGAAAGGUUUCUGCAAUGCUUCAGUCAUCAGAUUACAAUGAAGUGUUACCCACUGAAGUUGGAGGAUUUGGGGAGUUUCCACCAGCUAAGGCGUCUUAUGGUGGUGGUUCUACAGCUGGAAACAUCUCACAGUGGUCAAUUGAUGAUUUUUUUGGGAUUAAUGAAUUUAGUCAGAACUAUAAUUACAUGGAUGGAUCAUCACGGGCUGACAGUUGUAAGCUUGGGGAUUCUGAUUCUCCUUUUUUAAGAUCCGGUGAAGACGAAAUGGAGGAUGAUGACUGCUUGGGACGUGUUCCAGAUUCAUCCUUGUCAGUUCCUCAGAUUCCAUCCCCACCUACAGCUUCUGGUUUACACUGGCCAAAAAACCCUCAAUAUUCAUCUGAUAGUGGCCUUUUUGUUCCUGACAUAUCUUUUUCUAGCAUGCAACGGCCACAGAGUAGUAGUAUUUUUUCAAGACCACGCAGGCAUAUUUAAUUUGUUUCCUCUCAUCCCUUCCCUAAUAACCUUCAGACGGUUUUGCUUUUUUUAUUUGUUAUCUGGUUUGAUGCUAUUGAUUAGCUAAGAAUUUCAUCAUGGAUGUCUCUGUUUCUUCUUGGGAGUGAAUUUCUAACUCCACUUAUUGGGUGUGAAAGGCUUUCCAAUUAAGUUUGGUCCUGCAGCACUCUUACUUCAUUUCUAGAAUCCACUGCAGAUGCUGCAUCUAUUUAUUUAUCAGGUAUCUUGUUCAAUAUGUGUAGGUUGUGUUAGUAGUUUGCUUCUUCACAAUACUUAACAAUGAGAGGGUUGUAUUAUAGAUGAUGACUUUUUCUUCCAUUGAUAUUAUUGAGGAAAAGUAGGAAUGAUUCAAAUGCAUUUUCCAGAAAGUUGUUGGACUUAUUAUCA